CCCCACAAGAGUGUGUUGGAGUGUUCAGUUGGACAGUUCACCAAUCUGAGUCAGUUUAGUUCUGUAGGUGGUGACUUCAAGACAAGAUGGUGAGACCAUUUCUUUUAGCAGAGCUUUUCAUAACCGUCUCUCUGUCGUUUUGGUCUGGUUGUUACUGCACCAGCGAUGGAAGUAGACCGUACUUCUCUCCCUCUGGAGGAAGGUUAAAAGAGCUCGAUGGCAAAACGCAAGAUUGGAAAGUUUCUGAAGGAGUCAGACCUAGCCGCACAAAUUCAGUGUCUCAAGUUCUUCCAGAGUUGUGGACGGACGUCGUCGGGACAGAAGCGGAAACAGAAGUGUGCGAGAUGGAGGACGCCGUCAGCACCGUCUGUGGAGAGUUAUCAAGGAGGCGGGAUUUCUCUGGGCAGGAUUUUGGCUCACUGUUGAACCGGACCAUCAGUCUACUUGAAGCAGAGGAGAACAAGUUCGUAAAAGCCAUGGAGAAACUGUCUGUCAUCGAGGCAGUUGUUAAUGAGACUCUCACCAGGGCCCUUCAGCAAUGGAAGAACAUCAAACUUGGUAUGUAAAAUGUUGGUCAUUCGAACUCGACUUCAAAUUUAUUAAUACGUACAUAAAUAACGCCCCCCCCC